GGUAUAAUCAAAGCACUUACAAUGUCGAAUACACUACCUUCUGCUAGUCAAUUGUUUUUGGACUCCAACAGUGUACCUAAUUUAAACAAGAAUAGUAAUGCACCAACCAAUUUCAGCACUCCAAGUAAAAAUAUCUUACUAAUAAAGAAUCAAAAGACCCCAAGGCUUUCACCAGUUAUUUCAACACCCAGAUCGAUUUUAAAGAAGUCAAGACCAUUAAACAUUUUGAAUACCAAGGGUUCUUUCAAAAUAAUUGGAAAUGACAAUGCAAAUGGGAAUGCAACUUCAACUCCUCAUCCGUUAUCGAAUCAAACUAACUUAUCGGAAUUGAGUAUUUAUUCCUCAAAAGAGCAAGAUCAAGAUCAAGAUCAAGAUCAAAAUGAGAAUGAGAGUAAGAAUGAGGAUAGAAACCUAGAUAAUAAUAUAGAUAAAAGCCUGAAUAACAAAAUUGAUGUCAAGAUUUCAAAUUCAUUAUUCAAAGAACUCCCAGAGCUAAAUACAGCGAUUGAAAAUGAUGGAACUUUCAAUGCAGUUAAAGCAGGAAAGGUUUUGUUUUCUGCUAAAAAGCAGGUUUAUAAUAUACAUAAUGAUUACAGUUACAUUGAGGAUGUGGUUAGUGAUGAUUCAAGAUCACAGAGUUACGAUGAUAGUAAGGUGAGAAAUUCAAGUGGAAAAAAGAAAAUAGCCAAUCCCAAUAUAUUUAGACAGAAAAAGAGUAAUGAAAAUAAGAAGAAUACAUAUCAAUCAAAGGAUAAAGAUAAGUAUGAUGAUCACCGAAAGAAUGAUGAGCUUCACAAGAAUAAAAGUAGCAGUAAUAAAAAUAAUGACUAUGAGUAUAAUGAGUAUGAUGAUACCGAUAAUGAUACUGAUAAUGAUAAUGAUAAUGAUAAUGAUAAUGAUAUGAAGGAGACAAAAGUUCAAUAUGUGUAUACAAAUGAAUUUUCAAGAUUGCCAAUUGGGAAGAGAAUUAUUUAUGAUCCUCACAUUCCAUAUUUGAUAUCGUUAUACAUUCAGUUAAUUUUCAAUUCAUUAAUAUUGGGAGUAUUAUUAUAUUUUGUUUUACAAAUAAUUCGAACGAUCAAAGCUGAUGUCGACGGAAAAAUUGAGUCGUAUACUACAGAUAUUUUGCAGGAGAUUUCGCAAUGUUCUAGGGAAUAUUCCAGGAAUAAUUGUUUCCCAGAGAUGCGAGCACCAGCAUUGGAAAAAUCGUGUUCAGUUUGGGAAAAGUGUAUGAACAGAGAUCCCAAUACAGUUGGUAGGGCUAAGGUUAGUGCAGAGACAUUUAGCGAGAUUAUCAAUGGAUUUAUCAAGCCAAUUAGUUGGAAAAGCAUAAUUUUUUUGGUUGUGAUAUUGUUUGGUAGUGUGUUUUUGACCAAUGCUACAUUUGGCACGUAUAGGAUAUACUCUGGGCAGAAUUGUAUUCCAGCCAAUGCGAGCAGUAGCAAUCAAACAGAAUCCAAUGGGAAUCAAAGUGGAAAUACAAAUGGAAAUACAAAUGGAAAUACAAAUGGAAAUUCAAGUGGAAAUCCAAAUGGGAAUCCAAAUAUGAGUCAAAUGAAUCAAUUGACACAGUUUCUUCCUAUGCAACAACUAUCUGCGCCAGCAUCACCAUCACCGGUGAAUAAUCAUAAGAGGUAUAACCAUAGUCGUAAUGAUCAGUAUGACAGUGAGAUUGAGAUUCAAGAAGUUACAGAUGAUUUUUAUGAGGAAAAUAAUUUAACCCCAUUGCCUGGGUCGAUGAAAAUGAAGUCGCCAUUUAAGUCGCCAUAUAGUAGUAAAAUGAGAAGGAGAGAAGAUGGAAGUAGGAAAGUGAUUAAGAAGUUAAAUUUGCAUAAUUAGAAUUGGAAUUAAAAAGGAAAAUUCUAAUUUUAAUUAUGAUUAUGGUUAUAAUUAAAAUUGGACAGUAACAAUGUAACCGUUUGCGUGUGCUAUUCAUUUUCUGGUUAUUGUAUAAAUUGAGUUUUUAUUCCUUUAGAGAGAAUUUUAGAAUAGAAUUCAUGUUCAAGUAAUAAAGAAUCCAAUAUCAGGAAGUAAGUAAAUAGUUUAUUAAAUAAUGAAUUUCCUUUACAU